AUGGAGGCACACCCAUUUGUGCUCGAUGCCAAACCCGUGGUUUUGUGUGUACUUACAAGCGCUCUGGACGAGGUCGCCGACACUCUGCCUGCUUCUCCAAAUUCCAUUCCGCGAUCUGCCGUCAAUCAAGCGCCAUCCUGCACGCCUCCUGUAUCGCAAUGGUUCCCACUCGACAAUGCAACCGCUUCACCCGAUCCGGCCCUACUACAACGCGGACCAUCAGACAGUCCACCACACCAGCAUAUCUCAUGGUCGGACGAUGAGCAAUUGGUGAAUCUUUAUUACCUCAACUUCCACCCAAGCCACCCGGUUCUGCUUCCCAGGGAUAUGUACUGGCAACAAGGAUAUCCUCGAUACUUGAAAGCCAUAGUCCAAUUCAUUGGCGGUCAUUUCUCCCACGCGGCAUCGCUAAAUGAUUUGCGCGAGAGCGUCACGCGAGAGUUUGACCAAAGUAACAAGGACACAGUCGAAAUGGUCCAAGCAGGUCUUCUUUAUGCCAUCAACUUGUUCGCGGAGAAUUCUUCUGAACAGGGGCAAAGACUGCUCGAUACCACGAUCGAACGGGCUUUGCGGCUUGGCAUGCAUCAAAGAGACUUUGCUACAACGCAUGCUGGUGAUCUUACAGUGCUUGAAGAAAGCAUGCGAAGGAGCUGGUACGAAUUGUAUGUAAUGGACGGCUGUAUCGCUGCAUUACAGCGGAAAUCAACAUUCAAAACCAACACGGUCAACGCUGACGUGCUACUGCCAUGCGACGACUUCAUCUAUGAAGCCGGCAUGUGCUUCAUGCCAGCAACAAUGGCAGACUUCCACGGCAAUAUAUUCGCUGAAGAAGAAAAGGUCUUCUCGUCCUUCUGCUAUCGUAUCGAAGCUGUGCGCCUUCUUGGGCGAGUCUUGACUAUCACAGGAAAACACGGUGUGGAUAGAGAUCUCGUACAAGCUGUCGACAACGCACUGGCUGCUUUUCUCUACCACUUACCGCGAUCCAAGAGCGAAGCGGAGAUUUCCAACACGUUCGGUGAUCUAGACGAGCUCAUGCUCCAAGCGCACACUAUCGUUCAGUGGAGUACUAUCUUGCUGCACUAUCCUAGAGGAGAUCUGAUCUCUCCCGAUCUUUUGACGCACGACGUACUGGGUGCCAACUGUACAAAGCUUCUCUGCCCCUGCAAUCGUCAGCAUGUACACUCUGUAAAGGCAAUCGAAGCAUCGAAGACCAUAUCCAUGUUAGCCGCCCUGCGCUCCACAACCCAGAAGCAUACUCCGCUAUUCGUCUACCCGUUGGCCCUUGCGGCCGUGGUGCAGCUUUCUAUUGGCGCCAUGCACGACAAAAGCACUAGACAAUGCCUGGAUCAACACUCUGAUAGAGUCAAACUACUUUUGGGCGUACUCAAGUCCAUGAGUCGACAAUGGUCGGCUGCUGGGAUUGUGCUACGUACGUUGAAGAGAGUUGCUUCGGCAGUGUUUCGUACCUCUUGUAGUGUAUCUCCUAGCAGCACAGUAACGCCUCCCGCCGCAUCGAUGGAAAACGUUACUUUCCCCGAUUUCGAUUUACAGGAUCUGUAUGGGCUUGUAGGUCUCGACAACUCUACACUGGGUAUAUGA